AUGUCUGCGAAUUUCUCGCAUCUAUGCCUAACCGAUGAGCAGCAGAGAAUGUCGGGUACCAAUUUGGAAUACAAUUUACAAAGGUACUUCUACCCAGCGUUAGCAAUAUUCGGAAUUCUAGGAAACGUACUCAACCUGACAGUUCUGCUAAAUCGAAGCAUGAGGAGUCGAGCCAAUUCGUUUCUAGCAGUUUUGGCAUUUGCUGACAUUAUUUUUCUAUUUCUCCUGUUUCCAAAUAUUCUCGCGAACUACUCAUUUUUCACAUUUAAUUGGUAUUUUCGGUGGUUCUACUUGCACUCAAAGGUUCACCUGAUCUCUCUAGCAAACUGGUGUUCGUCUGUGGCGCAUUGGUGCGUAAUAGCAGUGUGUGGUGAUCGGCUUCUUGGAAUUCAGAACCCACUUUAUGCGCGAGCGACUUGGAGAUGGUGGAAACUCCCACUUGUUACCACAAUCAUCGUCUUCACAUGUGGUCUUCUCACAUGCUACCAGCAUUUCGAAUAUUUCUGCUUAGUCAGAUCUUACUGCCGCGAGACUCAACUCUAUUCGAGGUGCCUUCCUGUGAAUGCAGAAAAAUGGUUUGGCCACCGCCCUAACCCGUUCUCCCAGCGAUACCAGAGUUUUAUUGCAAUUUGCAAGUUGGCUCAUAUCUUCCUUAUGAUUAUUCUCCCCAUUAUUCUUUUAUUAUUCCUUAACUUGACACUUCUUUGGGCGUUGAGAAAACGUCAGAAGCAUUUGUCAAUUGGAAAGGAUUUUAAUGCGGAUAGACGACAAAACGACGUUCACAUGCAAAAAACUGAGCACAGAGUCACGUUAACCGUAACGUUUAUUGUGACAAUGUUCACAUUAACUAAUGGGCCAUCAGCUCUCGUGCAUCUAGUAAUGUAUGCAACUCAUGAGGAGCUCUAUGAUUUGACUAUGAUUUCCAGUACUCUUGUAAUUUGUGGAAAGGCUUCUAACUUCAUCCUCUUUUGCCUCGGCUCCAAACACUUCAGACUCCGGCUGCUCAAGCUGACUCGAAAGAAGAUAAACCGAAAAAUAGAUUCUAUCACUGGUUCACUUGUUCAUACGACAAAACUUAGCACGGCUUCAUCCAGACGUACUUCAAUGCCAAUUCAAGAGAAAAAACGAUCAUCAUCGUGUGCUCCACUGGUAGCCAAGAACAGGGCUCUAAGCACUGUCGAAACAAUUUAUCAACCACUUUUGAAUGGGAAUCGAAAAGGAGAUUUUUGAUUUUAUUGGUUUUUAAAAUUUAUAUUCUUGUUUUUGAAUUAUUGUUUUUUUUUAAUUCAAUUUUCUGAUUCUCGACUAACACGGGUAAAUUGAAACAAUGAUGAUCUCAAAAAACUUGG